GUGAAUGCAAUAACUUUAAUUUUCAGAUUUUUAAGGGGAGAAACUCGCCCUUUUCGCAUUGUAAAAACAAUAUUCAAUCGGAAAUAUACUUUAAAUAUAUUUUCAUUCGUUGGAAAGCCUUGGAUAAAUCAUCGGGUGGAUCCCUGCUCAUUUAAAUUGUAUGGAAGCUAGAAAGAAAAUAGAAUUGUGAUCCAUUUCGUAAGCAUUCUCUUUUUUCUCUCUUGAAUGUUUUUUAACCUCGUUACGUUUUUGGAAGGUUUGCAACGACAGACGAAUGUGGAUUUCUUUCGUUUUUUCCUGCGAAGAAUAAAAGAUGAUCGCUACCAGUGGGAUGCAACAUCUUUUUGUAUUUUGUGGUGUGUGAUCUGUUGUUUAAAGGGGGAGAAGCUGUGUUCACUAUUGGAUCGUUUACCUUCCACCAUUCAUAACUGGAAUAAUUGAUUUCGGAAUAUACUACUUUCGAAACGUAUAAACUACAUUGGCUAUUUUCGCCAUAUUUUUUUGAACUGGCGAGUGGUCUACCCCCCAUACCCAAGACCCUCCACAAUACUAAACAAAGUAUUAUAUUUCACAUAUGGCAUUACUGGUCAUGAAGGAAAUAAUUCAAAACUUCUAGGGUUAAAAAGAAUGUCAUCAGAGGAUAAGAGUCUGGAGGCCUCUGACCAAGGACCAUCGCCGCCCCGCCCUGGCAGUGCUGGGACCACGCCCACGGGCAGCCCGGCCACGCCCACAGGCAGCCCAGCCACAGACAAGCGUCCUCGAGGUCGGCCUCGCAAGGAUGCUGUCCCACCCCCGGCCACGCCCGUGCCCCCAGCCAGGCCCAAAAAGAAGUCUCGUAGCCGCGGAAGAGCUGCAGCCGACGAUGAGGACAGCAUGGACGGGGUGGAGAUGGCGGCAUCUCAGAGCGCUCAGGAAAUGGAAACGAGCGGAGAGCAGGAGGCGGAGGCCGGGAGCGAGCCAGCGGGGGCCGCAGCCGAGCUGCCAGGGGCCGCAGAGACGCCGACGGAGGACGAGAGCUCGGGGCCCCAGCACCAUGAGUCAGCGGGACGCUCUGCCACUGCCGCCACACAAACCAAAAGCAGUGAACUGCUCUGUGCCUUCUGCUACUGCGGAGGGCGGAGCCUCCUAGGGCAGGGGGAGCUGAAAACGUUCUCCCCCACGCCUGGAUACUCCCCCCAGCACCGGCCCGAGCGGACCGGACGCACGGAGGACCACGCCGAGGGAAGCCCGGCGCAGAACUCCGGUCACUGUGGGCCCAGCGCCGCACCGAGGUCCUGCUCCCCCUUCUCUCCUGCACCCGGGGAGGACCCAGCCAGCAGAAUGUGGGACGAGCUUGGGCAGGUCGGCCUCCCAGAUGAUAUCGAUGUCCACUCUCUCUUUGACAUUUCAGGCCGGUGCUAUGCCCAUCAGCACUGUGCGGAGUGGUCACACGGCGUCUACCAAGGGGAGAGCCAAUCGCUGUGCAACGUGGACAGAGCUGUCGACUCAGGGAGCACAGAGCACUGUGCAUACUGUAAGCGCCUUGGAGCAUCCAUCAAGUGCUGUGAAGAGCCCUGCGGCCGUCUGUACCACUACCCCUGUGCUGCCGCGGCCGGAGCCUUCCAGAACGUCCGGGGCCACGCCCUGCUCUGCCCAGAACACAUCCAGCUGGCCGUGGACAGAUGCCAGCAGGAUGCCAGCUGUGUGCUGUGUGACAGCCCUGGGGACGUGCUGGACCUGCUCUUCUGCACCAGCUGCGGUCAGCACUACCACGGGAUGUGCCUGGACAUCGUGACCACCCCGGUGAAGAGGGCCGGCUGGCAGUGCCCCGAGUGCAAGGUCUGCCAAACCUGCAAAAACCCUGGAGAAGACAGCAAGAUGUUGGUGUGUGACACGUGUGACAAAGGCUACCACACCUUCUGCCUGCAGCCUGCCAUGGACUCUCUCCCCACCAACGGCUGGAGGUGUCAGAACUGCAGAGUGUGUGUGCAGUGCGGCUCCAGGACCAGUGGUCAGUGGCACCAUAACAGCCUGCUGUGUGACGGGUGCUACCAGCAGCAGGAUGCCGUCUCCUCCUGUGCUCUCUGCCGGACCCCCCUCACCCCAGAGGGACAGAGAGACCUGCUGUCCUGCCACGCCUGCAAGAGGUGGCUGCACCUGGAAUGCGAGCGGCAGGUGAAGGGAGACGCGGACCUCCAGGUCAGGGAGGACUACGUGUGCACGGACUGCAGGCUGGCGGAGCUGGCGGAGGACAAGCCGCAGACGGGGGAGGUGACGGAGGACGCGCCGGAGCUGUCGGAACCCUCAGGAGAUGAGGUCAUCGAGGAGAUGUUCCUGGCAGAGCACGUGGCCAAUGAGAUGGCUAUGAGCGACAUACAGAAAUGCUUCACAUCAGCUAUGGGACCGGGGCGUGAGAUCCAGGUGACCGUGACCGUAAUGGAGAGUCCAGAAUCUCCACCUCAAACGGUAGAGGAGCCAGAUCCGCCCUCGUUGGUGACGGCCUAUCGGAAGGCCGAUGUGGUGCUGGACACGCCCACGGAGACCAUCGAAUCUGAGGAACUGACACCAGAGCCCCUUGAGGACCUGGAGGAGGAGCCAAGGGUGGAGUCUCCGCAAAGGGCGUCGCCCUCGCCAUCGCCAACCAAAGAGAUGGUCACCGAGCCUGAGGCCAUGGAGGGGGAGGAGCCUAUGGAAGUCUCACCCGCUGAGACUUCUGGGCCAGACACGGAGGUCGAGCAGACUGCUCUACAGCCACAGGCACGGGAGGUGGAGCCGGAGGGAGAGGAAGAACAAGAGGAAGAGGAGGAGCAGAAAGGGGAGGAGCAGAAAGGGGAGGAGCAGAAAGAGGGGGAGGAGAAAGAGAAAGAGGAGAAAGAGAAAGAGAAAGAGGAGGACCAGACGGAGGUGGAGAAAGAGGAGGUAGAAAAAGAGAAAGAGGAGGCGGUUAAAGAAGAGGUGGAGAAAGAAGAGGUGGAGAAAGAGGAGGUGAAAGAUGUCCUCCCCGUGGCAGUAGAGCUGGUGCCUGUGGAGGUCCCAUCAGAGGCCAGUCCUGCUGUGGAGAUGGACACCACCCCGGCGAGUGAACACAGCUUCUCUGACCUCAGCUCCCCAGCUGAGGAAACAGCCCCCAAACGCUCGCCCCAGGAGGAGCGACCCUCAGACAGCCCGCCGAAGCCCACCCCCUCGCCCCCGCCUGCCUGGCCCUCCCCCAAGGAGCCGUCCCCUCCCCCAGCCGCUGCUACCCCGGCCCCCGCCGAGCUCGCGGGGAACGUGCCUUCCACCACCUUCAUCCCCGUCACUCCCAAAAUCGGCAUGGGGAAGCCCGCCAUCUCCAAGAGGAAGUUCUCUCCAGGAAGGCCCCGGGCCAAACAGGGAAUGCGGAUCGCCCUCGGCAACACACACUCACCUUCAUGGUCCCCGGACCAAUCUGAGGGCUGGGACUCCGCAAAGACCCGGCAGUCCCCGACCGCACCCACCUGGAGCAUCAAAGUGGGCCGGGGGUCAGGUUUCCCAGGCAAGCGGAGGCCCAGGGGGGCCGGUCUCUCCGGACGAGGGGGACGCGGCCGCUCCAAGCCCAAGAACGGAAUCAGCCCCAUCGCGGCUCCAGGAGUGCAGGUGGGCGUCAUGGAGACGGCGUUCCCAGGGAAGGAGGAAGAGGAGAACGCCAUGCACAACACCGUGGUCAUGUUCUCCAGCUCAGACACCUUCACUCUCAAACAGGACAUGUGUGUGGUGUGCGGGAGUUUCGGACAGGGGGCCGAGGGCAGACUGCUGGCCUGCGCCCAGUGUGGCCAGUGCUACCACCCCUUCUGCGUCAACAUCAAGAUCACGCGGGUUGUGCUGAGCAAAGGCUGGCGUUGUCUGGAGUGCACGGUGUGUGAGGAGUGCGGGAAGGCUACAGACCCCGGCCGACUGCUUCUGUGUGACGACUGCGACAUCAGUUACCACACCUACUGCCUGGACCCGCCCCUGCAGACUGUCCCCACGGACAGCUGGAAGUGCAGAUGGUGCGUCUCCUGUACCCAGUGCGGUGCCACCUCCCCUGGCCCGCGCUGCGACUGGCAGAACAAUUACACCCAGUGCGCCCCCUGCGCCAGUCUGGCCAGCUGCCCCGUGUGCCUGCAGAAGUACUGCGAGGAGGAGCUCAUCGUGCAGUGCCGUCAGUGCGACAGGUGGAUGCACGCGGCGUGUCAGAAUCUGAACACGGAGGAGGAGGUGGAGACCGCGGCGGACGACAGCUUCGACUGCACCAUGUGCCGCGCCCACAUGCCGCCGUCGCAGGUCACCACAGUCGCAGCCUCCGCGGAACCCGUCGAGCCACCAAUCGCGCCGCAGAUCGUGGCGAAAAUUAAGGAACUGGACCCGGCGAAGACGUACACGCAGGACGGCGUGUGCCUGACCGAGUCGGGCCUGUCCCAGCUGCAGAGCCUGGCCGCGGCGGCCUCCCGCCGGAAACGGCCCAAACCCAAACUCAAGCUGAAGAUCAUCAACCAGAACAGCGUGGCCGUGCUGCAGACCCCGCCCGACCCCCAGUCCGAGCACUCCCGCGACGGGGACCUGGACGACAGCAGAGAGGGAGACCACUUGGACUGCGUGGGGAAGUCUGACUCCAGCCCGGAGCGGGAGGCCGCAGACGAGGACGGCAAGGGGCCCGAGGGCCCGGACGGCGCCAAGAAGAGGAAGAGGAAACCGUACCGGCCGGGAAUCGGCGGGUUUAUGGUGCGUCAGAGAAGCCGGGCGGGUCAAGGCAAGGCCAAACGUUCCCUCUCCCGGAAGGACUCUUCAGGGUCCGUGUCAGAGAACCCGCUAGGGAAAGAUGAAGGCUGGAGUGAGGCAAUGCCUGACACGCCCGUGGAGGAGACUGUGCCAGGGUCCGAGUGUCUGGAGAAGGCCAAGAAACGCUACCGCAAGAAGAAAACCAAACUGGAGGAGGCCUUCCCCUCCUAUCUGCAGGAAGCCUUCUUUGGGAAGGAGCUGCUGGACAAAAGCCGGCAGAGUAAGCAGGCCCUAGAGACCGGGCUCUCAGACGACGACCGCAGCCACGGCAACGCCCACACGGACAGCAAGCCCCCGAGCGCCAGCUUCCUGGACCCCUCCUCCGACCCGCUGCUGAGCGCCGCGGCCACGCCUGUCUCUGCCAAACCUGGGGCUUCCGCUAACCCCGAGGAUCCGCUGGAAGACCUUUCAGAAGUAUUGAACACUGAUGCAGACAUCCUGGGAAUGCUGUCAGGUGACUUGGGGAAGCCAACCGACGAUUCGGGUCUUGAUUUAUGCCCUUUCCAGGUCGAGAACCCUCCCUCUCCAUUUGGCCUGGACAUCGGUCCCAUCGAGGACGAUUCGGCCACUCCCCGGGCCCCGCCCGCCCGCGGGCCUCGCCCCCUGCCUGAAGAGCCGCUGGACCACAUCCUCAGCCCAGAACUGGACAAGAUGGUCACUGACGGUGCCAUUCUCAGCAAACUCUACAAAAUUCCAGAACUGGAGGGCAAGGAUGUAGAGGAGCUCUUUACAGCUGUGCUGAGUCCCAACACCAGCCAGUCUCCUCAGCUGGUUCCGCCCCCGCCUUCCAGCAAUGUACCUCCUCCGCCAGGCCCUGCCAUGGCACUGUCCAAUCCAGGUAAUGGCAUGUUUCCUCGGAUGCCAAUGAUGAACGGCAUGAUGGGACGUGGCCCCCACUUUGCCGCGACCCCUCUGAGCCCUGGAGCUGGACCCUGUGUCUCCAGUUCCUUCCCUCCCCUGCAUCGGCUGCCCUUCCCUGAUAACGCAAGAGAUAAGAAGUUUAGUCCAAUGGGGAGAGACGGACCGGGCCCUUGGGGCACGCCUGGCCCUGCCCCUCCACUGGAGGGGGAGGCUGACACUAUGUCCAAUGCCCAGAGGAGCACGCUGAAGUGGGAGAAAGAGGAGACUCUGGGGGAGAUGGCCACUGUGGCCCCUGUCCUCUACACCAAUGUCAACUUCCCAAACCUCCGGGAUGAGUUUCCCGACUGGUCUACGAGAGUUAAACAAAUCGCUAAACUGUGGAGGAAAGCGAGUUCCCAGGAAAGGGCUCCAUAUGUGCAAAAGGCCAGGGAUAACAGGGCUGCCCUUCGCAUAAAUAAAGUUCAGCUGUCAAAUGAGUCUAUCAAACGACAGCAGCAGCAGCAGCAGCAGCAGCAGCAACAGCAGCAGCACCCACAGCAGCCGCCAGACACCUUUGACCCCAUCGUUACCAUGGAGACAGAUUCCCUCUUCAAGGACCCACUGAAGCACAAGGAGUCUGAGCAUGAGCAGGAGUGGAAGUUUCGACAGCAAAUGAGGCAGAAAAGCAAGCAGCAAGCCAAGAUUGAAGCCACGCAGAAGCUGGAGCAGAUGAAGAGUGAACAGCAGCAACUACAGCAGCAACAGCAGCUGGGUGGUCAACCAGAUGGAGAGACUUCUGGCAGCGGCAGCCAGAGUCCCACAACUUCUCAAGGGAGCAACGGGAAUGUGUCCCCCGUGCAGCAGGCAGCAUGCAAAGAUGGGUUCUCCCGGCCGCCGCUACCAGGACCAUCAGCGUCAGGUCUCAGUGAUGACGUCUUCUUGCGUCCUCCACCCCCUCCCCCUGCGGGGUCCCGGACACCGGCCCAGGAUGCCUGCCUGCAGGGUCAGUCAUCCCAGCCACAAUCCCCACAAGUGUUCUCUCCGGGUUCAUCCGGCUCCAGACCGUCCUCCCCAUGGGACCCAUACGCGAAAAUGGUAGGGACUCCGAGGCCACCACCCUUGGGGUCGAGUACACCCCGGAGAAACUCUGAGUCCGGCAAGUCCCCACGAUCUUUGUCAGAGCCGCAGGAAAGGGGGCGACCCUCGCCGGCUCAUGAGUCCUUUGGCUCACCAACGUCCAUGAGCAGUGACCCAUAUGCAAAGCCACCUGACACCCCCAGACCUGUUACAGCCGCAGACCAAUUUUUAAAGCCUAUGGGACCCCCAAGGCCAAGUCCCGGCCUUGAACAGCAUGGAAGGCAAGCGAUGAGCUCCAUAGCCGGUGAUACUUUUGUCAGGCCUGCUCUUCGGAAUGAGGUCUACCAACGGAUGUCUCAAAACAAAAUGAUUUUGUCAGAUCCCUACUCCAGGCCCCUUUUGACUCCUAUCCCUGGAAGCAAUGAGUCCGGGUCUGUGUCUGUGUUCAAAAUGCCAAUGCCACCCCCUCAAUCGCAGGACCCAUACAGCUCCAUGAUUUUGGCACCCCGUCGUGGGUCUGACCCAUACGAGAGACCCAUGCUGACCCCCAGGCCCCCAGAUGCAGUCUCUCAAAAUCAGCCAUGUGAUCCAUAUGCACAUCCUCCCCUCACUCCCCGUCCAUUGAUGAAUGACUGCUUCCCCAACCCUCCAAGGAUGGUGCGCCAUCCACAAGGCAACCCCUUCACCCAGCCUGGAGCCCGCGAACCUCUGAGAGAGUCAUAUGCCCAUGCUCCUCCUACCCCAAGGCCUGAUUACUCCCAAUCCAUGCCUGACCCUUAUGCUCAACAGCCAGGUACUCCACGACCCUCAUCUGACCCUUAUGCCCAGCCUCCAGGUACCCCGCGACCCUCUUCUGACCCCUAUGCCCAACCACCAGGUACUCCUCGUCCCCCAGCUGACCCCUAUGCCCAACCGCCAGGUACUCCUCGGCCCCAAGCUGACCUAUAUGCCCAACCACCAGGUACCCCUCGACCCCAACCUGAUCCUUAUGCUCAACCUCCUGGCACCCCAAGGCCUUCAUCAAGCCCUUACCCUCCGCCCCCCUCAGCCAGUAACCGUCCAGUUGCUGUAGAACUGUACCUACAGCAGCCUCCCAAUCAAAAGCCGUCCCCCUCGCAUUCAGCAGACCCUUAUGCCCAGCCUCCCGGCACCCCGAGGCCUAUAGCAGCAGAGAGAUUCUCUAAAUCACCUGGCAGCCAGAGAAACUCUGACCCCUAUGCCCACCCUCCAGGGACCCCAAGGCCUUUGAGUAAUGACCCAUAUAUGCAGCCACCUGGGACUCCCCGCCCAGUACUGUGUGACCCCUAUGUGCAACCUCCAGGAACUCCGAGGCCUGGAGCAGGCCCUGAUGGGUUCAACAGACCAAUCUCAAGGUCUGGACCCAUGUCUAGUCAGGACCCUUUCUCACCACCUCAGGCUAGAAUGCAGGAGACCUUUGUGCGGCCGGCUGCCCCUGGCUCUCAGACACCAAAGCAUUCUGGGAUGUCAGACAAUGGAUUUUCUCCAUCUCAUAUGCCUAACCAGACACCUGUGCAUGAUCCCUAUGAGCAGUCCCCUAUGACCCCACGGCCACCUUCUGGGGAUAGGCUAUCUCAUGACAUGAACGACCAAGGGAUGUCACAGGAUGGAAACUCCCAGGAUUUGGGCCAGUUCUCAACCCUUCCACAAAGUACUGGAGCAGCCGCUGAAGCCCAUAAUGCUGGUCCUGUGGAUACAGAAGAGAAGUUCAGACAGGUGCAGCGCCAGAGAAUACGAGAACUGAUCCUAAAACAGCAUCAGCAGAAACAGAAUGCGGUUCGCCAAGAGAAGGGUCUGCAGGAGCCAGGUGUAGCUGCUGGUCCUGGAACCCCCCGCCACUGGUCGCAGGAAAACCCCAGCCAGCACAACGAGAUGUUCAGCAGGCCGCCACCUCCCUACCCAGGAAUGAGGGGUCCCCUGAGGUACCCUGGGCCCUUCUCUGGGGACAGACGGGCAUCUUUUCCUAAUGAAGGCCAUUUCGUCAGGCCCCAGUAUCCUGGAGAUGUUGCCAGUAUGGGCAUGAGGCCACAUGGGCCCAGGUUUGCAUAUCCCCCUGGUGGGCAGGGUCCCCAUGGAGGACAGGAGCGCUUCCUGAACCCUCCUCUCCAGAUGCAGGCACCUAUGAUGGACCUCCCCCCUCAGAUGCGGAGGUCUGCAUCUGUUGACUUGGCCAGAUCCAUGGGUAACAAUGUGACGGGACUUCCCCAGCACUUUCCCCCACGAGGCAUACCGAUGCAGCAGCACAACAUCAUGGGGCAGCCCUUCAUAGAGCUCCGCCACAGGGCUCCUGAAAGCAGGAUGAGGCUUCCCUUUGGACCCCCUGUUAUGGCUGGCAACAUCAUGGAUCCCGCUCAGAGGCAGCAAGGGUUAAUGGGUGGACCCGACAUUGGGUUCCCUGUGAACCAGGGUCCCAGGAUGUUGGAUCCUGCGAUGAGUCAGCCAUUGGGUAUGGGUGGCCAGAUGCAUAUGUCAUCCAGUAUGGAGAACCUACACCAUCAGCACAUGCAAAUGAACACCGGGCCUCAACACCCGCCACUAAUGCGAUCUCAGAGCCAUCCGAACCCCAAUGAAUCCUUCUCCGCUGCUCCAACUAUGCUUCUCCCCCAAGCAUCGGCUGAACAACCUGAGGAAAUCCCUAUAACCACUGCAGAUGCGAUUGAGGAAAAGCUGGAUGCCGACGAUUCAGCUGUGAAAGACCUGGAAGAUGUAGAGGUGAAAGAUUUGGUCGAUGCGGAUCUGGAGAACCUCAACCUUGACCCUGAUGAUGGCAAAGACUUGGACCUUGAGACUAACGACUUGCAUCUGGAUGACUUUUUGAGGUCAGGGAAGUUUGACAUUAUUGCCUACACAGAUCCCGAGCUGGACCUUGAGGACAAGAAGGACAUGUUCAAUGAAGAACUGGAUCUCAGUGAUCCCAUUGAUGACCAUGGUGAGACUUCGGAUCUUCAGAAGGCACUCUCGGAGAAAAGAAAUGCUUGUGCUGGUGGUUCUGGGUCAUCUUCCCAGUUCACGGCAGAUUCCAGGGAGUGCAAAUCUGAUAAUGCGGCACAGUCUUUCAGCCAGAUCAAACAGGAGGGCAGUUGCCAGCGUGCCAAUGAGCUGUGCACAGAGCAGACUAUCAAAACGGAAGGCAAAGACUGCUUUUUGCAGGGACAGGAGACCUCUAAACAUCAAAAUAAUGAGGAGACGGCACUUCCUCAAGAGGGCCACGGAAACAACCUAAACCUUUCUGGAAUGUCUGGCCAGCAAGCUUGUACCAGCACCCUCUCUGACUCUACCCCAGUCCUCUCUAGCUUGCUUGUCAAGGAAAAGACUGAGGAUACCCAAAUUGGGCCUGUUUGUCCUGAUCAGAGCAACCCAACAGCUCAAUCCAGUCAAGUGUCACAGAAUCCCAGUGCUAUGAUGCUGGCUGGACAAACAACGGAACAUGCAAUGAACCCUGGCCUUAGCAUGGGCCCAAUGGCGGACCCCUCACAGGGAGCUCCGCUGGCAAAUCCCAACAUCUUGCAGGGACAGCUUUCUUGCCAGAACUUUGGAGCACCCUCGUCAGUGGAUCAAAUGCUCCCUGUUGGGAACCAGCCGCUGGCUAACAGCAAUAUGAGUCAGGCUCAGCAGGCUAUGUUCUCUCAGAUCAUGAGCCAGCAAGGACAGCAAAACAGACCCCUCCUUUUAGAUGAGCAGCCCCUCCUCCUGCAGGACCUCCUUGACCAAGAGAGGCAGGAACAGCAGCAGCAGAGGCAGAUGCAAGCUAUGAUCCGCCAUCGGUCCAGUGACUCCUUCUUUCCCAACAUCGACAUUGAUACAAUCACUGAUCCUAUCAUGAAAGCAAAGAUGGUUGCCUUGAAGGGAAUCAACAAAGUGAUGGUGCAGAACAACAUGGGGAUGCCGCCCAUGGUCAUGAACAGCAGGUUUCAGUUGGGUCCUCAGCAGGUACCACCCCCAGAGAACCCUGAUAAUGUGCCUGUCCACCAACAGGCUGUUGGAAUGGAUGGCAAGUUGCUACCGCACAUGGCAAGACCAAAUCCUCCAAAUUUUGGCCCAGGAUUUGUCAAUGAUGCUCAGAAGAAGCAGUAUGAGGACUGGCUCAAGGAGACUCAGCAGCUGCUCCAGAUGCAGCAGAAGUUUCUGGAAGAGCAGAUUGGGGCCCACAGGAAAUCUAAAAAGGCCCUUUCUGCCAAGCAGCGCACGGCCAAGAAGGCUGGGCGGGAGUUUCCAGAAGAAGAUGCAGAGCAGCUUAAGCAUGUGACUGAGCAGCAAGGCAUAGUGCAGAAGCAGCUGGAGCAGAUUCGAAAGCAGCAGAAGGAGCACGCCGAGCUGAUUGAGGAGUACCGUGUGAAGCAGCAGCAGUGUGCCAUGCAGCAGGCUGGCAUGCCGGGGGUACCAGCCCAGCCAGGCAUCAUGCCGGGGGGCGCCCCCAUGAACCAGCCUGUCAUGAACUCCAUGAUGCAGAUGCAGCCCCACCCGGGACAGCCCAAUCCAGCCCGGAUGCCCAAUGCGCCGCCAGGAUGGCACCCCGGAGCCCCCCUCCCCAUGGGUGGGCCCAGGAUGCCCAGCCUUGCCCCACCCCAGCCAGCACCACCCUCCAACCCUCCCCAGGCUCCCCAGCAGCCACCACCCAUGGCCGGGGGAACGCCCGCUCCGCCGGCCGGGGAUUCCCCUCACGUGAAGUUUGACGACAACAACCCGUUCAGCGAGGGCUUCCAGGAGAGGGAGCGGAAGGAGCGUCUGCGGGAGCAGCAGGAGAGGCAGCGUGUGCAGCUCAUGCAGGAGGUAGAGCGACAACGUGCCCUGCAGCAGCGCCUGGAGAUGGAACAGCAGGGCAUGCUGGGAGCCGACAACAAUGCUAACCAUGCGCCCCUCUCCCAAAUGGCCUUUUACAGCUCGGAACUGCCCCAAGAUUUCAUGCAACCCCCUAGGCCUCUGCUACCACAGCAGCAGCAGCAGCAGAUGGGGCAGAUGUUCCCCCAGCAGCAGGGAUUCAUGGGCCCUCACGCUGGUGGCCCUUACAUGCAGGGUGGGGAGCGCAGGCCUAUGGUGGGCAAUGGGGUCUUUGGCCCUGAGAUGGGUCCCAACUUCCAACCUGGCAACCCUGCCCUACAGGGACCUAACUUUGUGCCCGGUCAGCCCAGACCACCAAGGUUCAUGGGACCGGGCAUGAUGAUGCAGGGAGGAGGGGACGGGCAUCCUUUUGGGAUGGAGCCGUCCACGCCCCUUCCCCCCAACUACCCUGGGUCGGGCCAGUCGCUGAUCCAGCUCUACUCCAACAUCAUCCCCGAGGAGAAGGGGAAGAAGAAGAGGAACCGCAAGAAGAAGAAGGACGAGGAUGCCGACUCUGUAAAGACACCUUCCACCCCACACUCUGACCUGACCGCCCCACUAACCCCCUGCGUGUCUGACACCUCCUCCACACCCACCCGGACUGCCCUCCACCUAGGGGAGUCCGACCCCUCUGAGCCUCUCCCUGGCUGCUCCACGCCGGGCUCCCUGGGAGGCCUGCCCCCCUCUGAGCUGGAGCGCCAGCUGUCCGGGGGCAGCGGAGGAGGCCCAGGUCGCUCUUCAGGCCUGGGCUCGCAGACGGACAGGAUCCUCAGCAACAUCAAGCUGGAGAGGGUGGAGGCCAGCGAGUGCCUUGGGCCCCGGGACCCCAAGCUGGAGCAGACCGCCGGAGCCGUCAAGGUGGAGGAUGGGAAGGAUGGGACCUCACCCCGCCCGGCGGGCCACAGCCCCGCGCACGCCAACAAGGGCGAGUCUGGCAACGAGCUGCUGAAGCACCUGCUGAAGCACAAGAGUGUGACCCCGCCGUUCCCCCACCAGAAGUCUGACGAGAGUCUGCGGUCCGAGGACGAGGAGUCGCCAGAGAACAGGGGCCUCCCCAAGCUUGGCUCCACCAAUGCCGCGGGGGUGGUCUCGGGACACCCUCAGCCGGAGCAGGACAAGAAAAAGCAGCGUAACAAAAGGGCCCCCAAAAACGGGGAGAAGCCCGCCUCUCGCUACAAGAAGAGGAAGAAGGAGGAAGAGGAGCGACAGGCGGUCUACUCCAGCACUGACACGCUGAUGACACAGCUGAAACAGCAACUCUCCCUGCUGCCCCUGAUGGAGCCUCUGAUAGGGGUGAACUUCGCACAUUUCCCCCCUUACGGGAGCGGGCAGCUAAACGGGGAGAGCCGCCUCUCUGGAACUUUCGGCAGCGCCUCGCUGGACGGAGUGUCGGACUACUACUCCCAGCUCAUCUACAAGCAGAACAACUUGAGCAACCCCCCCACGCCCCCGGCCUCGCUGCCUCCAACCCCUCCUCCCGUGGCUCGGCAGAAGAUGGUCAACGGCUUCGCCACCAGCGAGGAGCUCGCCAACAAAGCCGCCAUCAUGGGCGGCCAUGACGUGACUAAGGGCCUGGCUCCCAAGCAGAUUCAGGCGGCGUUUAGACCAGAGGACGACCUGCUGGCUCGAGCCAUCGCGCAGGGCCCCAAAACUGUGGACGUUCCUGCUUCCCUCCCCACGCCCCCGCACAACAACCAGGAGGAGCUCCGGGGACAGGAACACUGCGACGAUCGGGGGACGCCCGACAGCUUCGUGCCCUCCUCGUCCCCCGAGAGUGUGGUCGGCAUGGAGAUCAGCCGCUACCCAGACCUGUCCCUGGUGAAGGCAGAGCCCCCCUCCCCCGCCCAGUCCCCAGUCAUUCCUAUGCUGCCCAGCUCCACUGGCAAAGGUUCUGAGGUGAGGCAGCGCGAUGUGAAGAUGGAGCCCCCCAACACCUUCUUCGGGUCACAGUUCAGACACGCCCCCAACGGCUCAAAGACGGGGCUGGUCUCCAUAGCGAUCACCCUGAACCCUGGUGCUGCAGAGAACAUCAGUGGAGUCAUGGCCGCCGUGGCGGACCUCCUGUGCAUGAAGACCCCCUGCAACUACGAGGUCACCAACGCUCCCGACCGCGGGCCGCCCGUCCCCAUGUUCCGGGGCCCCGGGGCUGGCCCACAGGGCAUGGUGAGGUUCAUCAGACCCACCGGCCCCCCAGGGGCCCUCCACUUCCCUCCUGUCAGCACCGGCCCAGCCAUGGUCAGGGGAGACCACCCGACCGGACCCAGACCACAGUGGUGUUGUCACUGCAAAGUGGUGGUUCUGGGUAACGGAGUUCGAAAACCCGUCAAAGACUUAAACUUCAACAAAACGGAUUCAUCACAGGUCCAAGGGAGGUCCGAGGGGGACAUGGUGUUCUGUAGCCACAACUGCCUCGUUCUUCACUCAACUGCCACACAGUCAAAGACUCCAGACACGAAGGAAGCAGUUGCCCUUCUCCCCUCCUCCACCUUCAAAGAGAGCCCGUCUAAAGCCCUGCACCAGUACAACAACAACAUGUCCGCCCUGGAUGUGCACUCCCUCUCCAAGCUCCAGCCCAAGCAGUCUCCCCCCUCCACCCCACCCAUCGCCUUCCCGUCCGCCGCCUUCCAGAGCGCCAAGGCCGAGGCCAAGCCGGACGCCCUGAAGGUGACCGUCAAGCUGAAGCCGCGUCCCCGGGCGGUGCACAGCGCCGAUGAGGGCCGGCCCCAGGGGAAGAAGUGGAGGGGCCUCCGCUGGAGGAAAUGGAGCGUGCAGAUCGUGGUCCCCAAGGGCGACCUGCGGCUCCCGGACGAGGCCGAGAUCGACGGGCUCCUGAAGAAGCUGGGCGCGUCGCUGCGGCCCUCCCCGCACGCCCGCGACCGCCGCACCUGCUGCUUCUGCCACGAGCAGGGCGACGGCGUCACCGACGGCCCCGCCCGCCUGCUCAACCUGGACCUGGACCUGUGGGUGCACCUCAACUGCGCCCUCUGGUCCUCCGAGGUCUACGAGACGCAGGCCGGGGCCCUCAUCAACGUGGAGCUGGCUCUGCGGCGGGGCCUGACGGUGCGCUGCACCUACUGCCAGCACAUGGGCGCCACCAGCGGCUGUCACCGGCUCCGCUGCGCCAACGUGUACCACUUCACCUGCGCCCUGCGCGCCCACUGCACCUUCUUCAAGGACAAGACCAUGCUGUGCCACCAGCACCGGCCCCGAGGGGCCGCCCAGGGCCAGGAGCUGCGCUGCUUCGCCGUGUUCCGCCGCGUCUACGUGCAGCGCGACGAGGUGCGGCAGCUGGCCAGCGUGGUGCGCCGGCCCGAGAGGGAGCACACCUUCCGCGUGGGCAGCCUCAUCUUCCACACCCUGGGCCAGCUCGUGCCCGAGCAGAUGGCCGCCUUCCACGGGCCCACCGCCAUCUUCCCCGCGGGCUACGAGGCCAGCCGCAUCUACUGGAGCAUGCGCCACGGCAACCGCCGCUGCCGCUACCUGUGCUCGGUGGACGAGAAGGACGACCUGCCCGAGUUCUCCGUCCGCGUGCUGGAGCAGGGCUACGAGGACCUGCUGCUCACCGACUCCACGCCCAAAGGAGUCUGGGAUAAGGUUCUGGGGCCAGUGGCGGAGAGGAGGAGUGAAUCUGGAACGCUGAAACUCUUCCCAGUCUACCUGAAAGGAGAGGAUCUGUUCGGGCUCACAGUCUCCGCGGUCACCAGGAUAACGGAAUCGCUUCCAGGGGUGGAGGCCUGCGAGAACUACACCUUCCGCUACGGCCGCAACCCUCUGAUGGAGCUGCGGCUCGCUGUCAACCCCACGGGCUCCGCCCGCUCCCAGCCCAAGACCUGCUCCCACGCCAAGAGGUUUGUGUUGAGGCCUCGAACCCUGAACAGCUCCGGCUCCAGCAAACACCCCCAGAAUGGGUCCGGCGGGGAGCUGGGCACCCCUUACAGCAAGCAGUUUGUCCACUCCAAGUCAUCCCAGUACCGCCGGCUGAAGAGCGAGUGGAGGAGCAACGUGUACCUGGCCAGCUCGCCUAUCCAGGGACUGGGGCUUUACGCUGCUAGAGACAUCGAGAAGUACACCAUGGUGAUCGAGUACAUCGGGACUGUCAUCCGCAACGAAGUCGUAAACAGGAAGUUGACGCUGUACCAAUCUCAGAAUCGCAACGAGUACAUGUUCCGUCUGGACAGCGAGCAAGUGAUCGAUGCCACCCUCACAGGAGGACCGGCAAGGUACAUCAACCAUUCUUGUGCACCAAAUUGUGUAGCCGAAGCAGUGACCUUUGAGCGUGGACACAGGAUCAUCAUCACUUCAAAUCGCAAAAUUCAAAAGGGGGAGGAGCUGUGCUACGACUACAAGUUUGACCUUGAAGACGACCAGCAUAGGAUCCCAUGCCACUGUGGGGCAGUUAACUGCCGAAAAUGGAUGAAUUAAAUUGAAAUGGAAAUCACAUGCAUUCCGUGACAUCAAUAUUAGAGGAGAAGCUCGUUCCUGAGGGAGUGAGAAGGAUGCUGUCGCGCUGUAAGAUGGCUGGAGGUUUUCCCGCUGCUCGACAGGGCACAGUGGAAGUGCCACAAAGGCCUAAACACCGCCCAACUGCCACCGCCGCUCCUCUGUUGAGCAGCACGAGAGUGAUGCUUCUUUUCAUGAACUGGGAAGGAAAAAGCCGAUUGGCUGGCCGUGUCGUGUGUGUGCGAAUGAGACGAGGGGGGCCGAAUACACCAGCGAAUGAGGGGAGAGUGCACCGUGCUGGUCACCGCCUUAUCAGAUAAUUACGGGGCAGGCCCUCAGUUAUUAAAAGGUAAAUGUAUACAUACACAGUAUAAAUUGAAUAAACGUAGACAUCACUGAACGGGGAAUGUAUGGAAACGACUUCCUUAGGGAUGCAGCUAAGGGAAAAAUUAACUUGCACUAAAAAAACAAAAACAAAAAAAACACAAAAAAAAACACAAAAACUAAAAACUAAAAAAAACUAAAAAAAAUUAAAUACUUGAUUCCAUGAGUCAGUUUAUUGUAGUUUUAUUUUUUCCCUGUUUUGAUUUCUGUAAAAUAAGAGGAACAUUUUUGUAUUUAUUACUGAAUAAGUGAAUGAAGCUAUUUUUAAGAUGAUGUGGAAAAGAAGGCUGAAUUGCUGCUGUUGCCUGCGGAUUGGACAGAUCCAGUCACAUGUACAAAGUGUAAAUAUCCGAAGCCACCGUCUAAAUGAAAUAGUAAUAAUUGACCAAAUGCUACCUUAACUUCAUGGCUGUUUGGGUGAUUUCUUCUUUUUAUUUUAAUUUUUUUUUUGGUUUUGCCUUUUUGUUUCAACAAAAAAUUAUUUAAUAAGGAUGUCAUUAUAUCAUUCUGAGAGUAUAUACUGUAUAAAUAUUCUGUACAGAAUGUGUAAGAUAAUUACAAUAAUUCACAAAAAAGUAUUUUUGUUGUAUUGAGAAUAUAGUAUGGUUUUCGUGAUUUAAACAUGUAUUCUGACCACUUGAAAAAAUAUUAUUUCCCGUUUUCUUGACUUUCCUUUGAUCUGUUUUUGUUCUCUAAUGAAUUCAUUGGUGGGUGCAGGUGAAGGUGAUUUUGACAUCCUUACUGUAAAUCAGGUUUGACUUUAGAGCAAGUGAUAACUGUGAAUUUAGGUUUUAAAGCACCCAAACUGAAUUAAUUUGCUUCUUUCUAAUAACUUGAUAGGCACAACUAGACCCUUCUUUCAUAUUAAUUUUGUGCAGACUUAGUACUGUGACUUUGAUAACCGCCACAGUCGUUCAAAGAAAACUUUUUGCCUUUUACAAGUUACCGGAGUUUUGACUUUGGGUUAGAAGUAAUUACAGAAAAAUUGAAAAAUAUUCUGAUGGUUUUGUUUACAUUUUCUUGCGAAAGAAAUAACUUUGGACAACGUUGGGUGAUGGAGACAAAUUUUGGAACCAGGAUCAUGUUUUUUGUACUGAAAUUAAUCUGGUACUGACACUUUGCAAACCACAGUUUGAAAUGAAGUUUUCAUUUGUGUGCACAAAUUCAGUCGACUGUAAAAGUUUUCAUUUAUUCAGACAGUCUUGUAUAUGGCAUGAUGUAUUUUUUAAACUUCUAAAAGAAUCAGAUUGUGUAUAUUUUUUUUCUUGAUAAAAUCGCUGUAAUGAAAUUGUUCCUUGGAUAUUUUUCUUGUACAAUAUUCCAACAUCUUACCUUAUGGUAUUUUCCCUGCAUUUUUUCUUUGUCCUGUAUAGUACAGUAGUAUCUAAUGUUUUAAAGAAAUGAAGCCUUUUUGAAGUAUCCAGAGUGCUAUGGGUUUGAGUUUGUGGAACCAGAUUUAGGAGCAUUUGCAAAAAAAUAAAAUAUUUUACAUCUUUA